AUGUCUGACGCGCACGCCCCUCUGACGUGGGAAAACUCCAGCAACACUCAGCCUCAGCUGGCCACGUCUUUACCAUCCGAAGUCGUCAACUGUCUUGAGAAUGCUCGCUAUCUCCAUCUGGCGACCUGCACAGAGCUGCAACCUCAUGUCGCUCUCAUGAACUACACCUAUCUCGCCUCACAUCCCUUUGCAGACUCUUCGUCGCAAAUGCCCUCGGGUCCCGUCAUCAUCAUGACUUCGAAUCCUGCUUCGCGCAAGACUGUCAACCUUACCGCAAACCCUAAUGUCUCGCUACUGGUACAUGAUUGGGUCUCACAUAGACCCGCGACAAACAACAGAAACUCGUCCCCCGAGGGCCGCAGAGCUCCUGGUCGCAGUUCGCUAGCUUCGCUGCUGAUGGGUAUGAACACAACUCAGAUGGGCUCCAUCAGUGCUACCAUCAAUGGCGACGCCGUUGUGCUGCCUGUUGGAUCGGAAGAAGAGAAGUGGUGCAAAGUACAACAUCUGGAAAACAAUACCUUUGAGAGGGAAGAGACAUCACAGAACGUCCUGAGCCAAUCAACAAGCAACGCAGAGAGUGAAGAGGCCAGCAGACAGUCUUUCCUUCAGGACGAGGACAUAAGAGUUGUUGUCGUGAGGAUAAGAGAGGGUAGAAUCGCUGAUUGGAAGGGUGGUGUCAAGGACUGGGUCUUGGCUCCUGCUGAGGGCACAACCAACCUGACAAACGGCGUUUGA